GGAUAAAUACUGAGGGAGAUUUAGGAAACCUUGUGCAGUGUGGGCAACUAUAGCAACCAAUUAUAUCCCAGCUGGAGACUGAUUAGUUGCCAUGGGCAACUGCUCCUUUGCACAAGACACCUUUUAUAAGGUAAGCGCGAUGACGUGAACGUUGAGGCCAGAAGAAGGACGUUCCUACGUCUGAAACAGCCGGCGUAGCCUUUGAGCGCCCCUUAUCGUCUCCAUUCAUGCCGUGGUGAUCCCGGACUCGGAGCCCGUAGCAGCUUACAAGCAAUUGACAGCUGACUGCACGAUCCUGUAUAUAUAGCAUUCAGCCUCUUUUUUCAUUGGAAUUGUCCGUUUUUUGCUACAAUGGAUUUAUCUGGAUAAUAUGCAGCAACUGUGGGAGAAAUGGCUCUUUGGCAUCAAGGAUACUUUCUAAAGUCACCCGAAUAGAUAGGAUACUGUGAUACUGGAACCUGGAUUACCUGUGUUUAUAUAUUGGGAGCAGGAAGUGAUGAGGAGAGCACUAUCCCUACUGAAUAUGUGGCGCUGUACAACUAAGUUCUUCCACUUUUGAAUCCUGGACUGCUUACAAAUCAUCACUACACUGUAAGCUAUGUCAAUCCGAAGUCUGAAAAGGAAACAACAGCCGAAGACUUUUAAAGUGAAGGUUGUAACAAUGGAAACAGAAAUGGAGUUAAAUUGUGAGAUGGAAUGGAAGGGAAAAGACCUUUUUGAAUUGGUGUGCAAACAUCUACUACUGAAAGAGACUUGGUUUUUUGGUCUACAAUAUGUGGCAAGUGGAGUGGACAUCUGGCUGAAACUGGAUAAAAAAAUUUUACAGCAGGAUGUUCCUAAGGAGGAUCCUGUAAAGUUCCAUUUGUUGGCCAAAUUUUAUCCAGAAAAUGUAGCCGAAGAGCUGUUUCAGGAUAUAACUCAGCAUCUGUUUUUCCUACAGGUUAAAAAGCAGAUUCUGGAUGAAGAAAUAAUUUGCUCUCCAGAGGCAUCAGUUCUUUUAGCUUCAUAUGCUGUCCAAGCAAAGUAUGGUGAUUACAGUCCUAACAUUCAUCAGCCUGGAUUUCUAUCUCAAGAAGAAUUAUUACCAAAACGAGUUCUCCAACAAUAUCAGAUGACAUCAGAAAUGUGGCAGGAUAAAAUAACUGCUUGGUAUGCAGAACACAGAGGUAUUGCUAGAGAUGAAGCAGAGAUGAAUUAUCUAAAAAUUGCACAGGACCUGGACAUGUAUGGCAUGAACUACUUUCCUAUUUCACAAACUAAGAAUGAUUCAGACAUCCUGCUUGGCGUUGAUGCAAAAGGAAUCCAUAUUUACAGUAGAAAUAACAAGAUAUCACCAUUAAAGUCUUUGAAAUGGGGUGACAUAAGGAAUAUUUCUUAUAAUUCAAAGAAACUGAAGUUUACCCCAGUUGAUAAAAAAGAUGAAACUUUCAAAUUCUAUUCUAAAGAACAAAAUGUGAACAAACUGAUCUUGCAUCUUUGCAUUGAAAACCACAAUUUAUUCCUAACAAAAAGGAAAGUAGAUUCGAUUGAGAUGCAGCAAAUAAAAAUGCAAGCCAAAGAAGAUAAAGCCAGGAAAAAGAAAGAGCACCAGAGACUUGUGAUGGAGAAACAGUUAAGAGAAGAAGCAGAGCGAGCUAAAGAAGAUCUUGAGAGAAGACUGUUUCAGGUAGAAGAGGAGGCAAGGCAAGCCAAUGAGGCUUUGCUUCGUUCUAAUGAAACAGCUGAGUUACUAGCAGAAAAAGUACAGAUUGCAGAGGAUGAAGCAAAGCUACUAGCUCAGGAUGCCGUGGAUGCCAGACUAGAACUACAACGCCUCGAGUUAGCGGUGCUCAAGAGUAAGGAAGAGAUGCGGAUGAUGGAGAAAAAGAUGAGAGAAUCUGAUAUGAUCACCAUGAAACUCCUUCAGGAAUCUGACAGAAGAGCUAAAGAAGCUGAGUUGCUAGAGCAGGACUUACAAAAAGCCCGAGAAGCUGAACGGAUGGCAAAGCAAAGGCUCCUAGAACUGGGUACUACUUGCCAAACUAUGCCAGCAAAAAGUCUUCCCCGGGAUACUUCAGAAAAUGGUUAUGACACUAAGAUUCUCCGACAAGAUGUAGAUACUGAAUACAAGAGGUUAUCACUAGAAAUAGAAAGGGAGAGGAUGGACUACCUUGAAAAAAGUAGACGACUUGAAAAUCAGCUAAAUGAUCUGAAAUUAGAAAUUCAGGCCUUAAAACAGGAGGAUCGGCUAAUGAAUACUCCCAGCCUCUGGAAUAGCAAUCUAAGAUCCAAAUUUAACUUGCAUGGAAGUGAUAACUUCCUGAUGCGAACAUACCAGCGGGAACCAGCAAGUCCUUUCUAUCUUUCUCCAGUUAGCACUAUUCGCAGUUGUACAGAUUCAGACCGGGUUCCCUAUUGUACCCCUGUGCGUAUGGUACACACGUUACCCAGCAACAUUAACGGAAGAGAAAAUCAACAGAAUUCUAGGAAGGUAGAGAAAAGUGAUUUAGACAUUAUAUACAUUUAAGGAUUUUUAAAACAAGGAACAUUUCUAAACAA